AUGACUUCAAUACCUCCAAUCGCUGGAAUUCCCUCCCUAUCCACUGCUGAAAGAGCCGGUGUCCUCGACGCCCUAUUCGAGCCAUGUACUGCUCUCCAUACACUCUCUAUGGAUUUACUUCAUACAACAACUUUCGAGUCGUACAAUGAUCUUAUCGCAAGUGUCGGUACCCAACUUGUUGAUCUGUCAGAAAGUACAUUACCAAGUGAUAGAGAGUGGCUAGACAAGAUUCUUGGUUCCCACCCUAGAUUAGGCGAGAAGAAAGUUGAAAGUGUACAAUCCAAAGCCGAACAAGCUCAAUUGAAUACUGGACCUACAGAAGAAGCUGAAAAGUUAAAAGCUCUGAAUGAAGAAUAUGAGAAGACUUUUCCAGGCUUGAGAUAUGUUGUCUUUGUAAAUGGAAGAUCAAGACCUAUCAUUUUUGAAGAUAUGAGAAGAAGAAUAUCGAGAGGAGAUAUUGGACUCGAGAGGAAAGAGGCUAUUCAGGCCAUGUGUGAUAUUGCAGUAGACCGCGCCACCAAGCUACAAAAAGCAUUAUGA